CUAUACAUUUCAUCCCUACAUCGCAAUAGCGCCUCGAUAAUUCGACUACACUACAAUAUCCCUGUCCGUUCAUUCGGCUUGUCGAUACCAUUUUACACAAAUCUUUGGUCCCGUCGGCGACCAUCUGCAAUGCUCAACUUCCUGCAUCUGAGCUAUCAGUAUCUCUACUGGCGUCGUCCCAGCGGGCCGCCCGCGCCCGCGCCCAGCGGCACAACGCGAGCUUUCAUCUCCACACCGAAAGGGGAUCUCGAACUACUAUGCGCCAAGCCAGCGAAUCCCGCACCCGGGAUACCACCCGUGUUCUUCGUGCACGGCGGCAUGGGGAGUGCCUGGGUUUGGCAUGAGUACUUGCGCUAUCUCGCGGCCCACGGCGUCACCAGCUACGCCAUUUCCAUGCGGGGACAUGGCGCGAGCUGGCAUCCUUCGUUCCUCCGCAUGCUCUACAUGACGACGAAGCGCGACCUCGCAGACGACGUUGUGGCGGGUAUCAAGGCCGUUGAGGAGUGGGAGGGACGCCACGUUGUGCUCGUCGGCCAUUCGAGCGGCGGUGGCCUGAGCCAGUUCAUCCUCAACGAGGGCGACGUCAAGGUCGAGGGUCUGGCGCUUCUGGGGGCAGUUCCCGGGUCAGGAUCAUCAAUGGUGUAUAUGAACUGGUGGCGAAUGGAUCCCUGGUUUAGCGUCCGGAUGUUGUUCCAUGGCUGGCAUUCCAACUCGCCUCUCUCGCACCCUUUCUUAGUCAAACAGGCGUUUUUCAGCAAAGAUUACCCCGAGGACAAACUCGCCGAGUUUCACAGCCAUGGGAAUCGCUACGAGAGUUUUCUCUGGCCUCUGGGCAUGAUGCGCCGUUUUGUUGACCCAAAAAAUGUGCUGCAGAGCAUCGAGGGCUGGGGCUCCGGGGACAGGUUACUGAUUAUGGCGGGCACAAGCGAAAAGCUGAUGACCAAGCCGAUCCAGGAGAAAGCUGCUGAAACAUAUCGCGCUGCAUUCUCUGAGCUUGUCCGAGACGCGAAGUUGAAGGCCCAAGAUGAAGUUGUUCAUGCCUUGCCAGGGGAAGGGAGCAUGGACAAUGCGGGCCAUGGCGUCGAACUAGCUUGGGUGCCUGAUGCCGGCCACCACCUGCAGAACGAUACGACUUGGGAGAUCGGUGCUAGGAAAUUACUUGUGUUCCUACGUUCUCUUUAGGCUCGCAUUUGCAGAGUUUUAAAAAUGUAUUGUAUUGUUUGGAGUAUGUUCCAAAGCUUGGCGUCCUGGGGGAACAUAUAUACUAGAGGUAAUUCAUUCUUAAGCCAUAAAUACUCCAUUCUAUUCCUGAUUUUAAUUUUGGAUAAGGUCUUUUCCAUCGCAGUCUAGUUGUAUACACCUUUAUUUCUAAAGCGUACUUCUUAUAUUCUCACACUUUAAUGGGCCACAAAGUCUGCUAACAUGUUGGAAAGAUUAGGUUAAGUAGUGAUUAUAAAUUUAAUCAAGUUAUUAUAUAAUCAAUUCUGUACGUCGGAUUAAGUUUAACAGUCUGCCUACGAGCUUGCCAAGUAGAAUAUCAACUGUUGAUCUGAAGAACGGGGGGUCUUGUCUGCUCCUCCAUUGCUAAGCCGGGUCAGUGAAGACUGGCACUGUACGUGUACGCCUUUUACCUUUUUCUCUGCAAAUUUUGAAUGUGCAGUCUGGUGCCUAGGCUAGUGUGAAUCAGGGUACCUGCAGCAAAGCGACCUACUGUGAAGGUUUAAUAUGUAGGCACCCACCGGCGUGAA